AUGUUAUUGAACUUAAGUGGAGUAUCUAUUACCACCUUAACGGAUGAUUUAGUAAGGGAUGAGUUAUCUAGGUUAGAUUCAGACUAUGAUGAUAUCAAAGAAUUGAAUAUAUCCAAUUGUGACCUUGGUAGUCUCGAAGGUAUAACUUUGUUCAAGAAUUUACACACACUAAUUGCAUCGCACAACCGUAUUUCUGUCAUCGAUCAAAUCGCAUCGUUGUAUGGCUUGAGGAAUGUUAAGUUAGAUCACAAUUGCCUAACUGAUAUCUACAUUAGGACGCACGCUAACGGGAGAUAUGUGUUGUCAUCUUUCUCGGAUGUUUCUUCCUUGUCCUUUGAAAAAUUUGCCCAUAAAGAUAUCUCUGUCACUGAGAAAGUAUCUGAUAAUAUUCUUGGCGGAUUAGAUGCCGAAGGUUAUGAAUACAUUGAUUUAAGUUUCAAUAAAAUAGAGACCAUCCAGGGAUUAGUACCUGGUAGAUUAAAGUGUUUUACUCUAAUUUUAUCAAACAAUUUGAUUUCCGUAGUCGAUGGGUUGUGCUCAUUUCUGGAUAUACGGGUUUUAGAUUUGUCAUUUAAUGUAGAAUGUGACAUUAGAAAGCUAUCAGAGUGUUCCUUUGCACCGAACUGUAAAAUAUUUUUGCAAUCUAUAAAGUUACAGAAUGUAGAACUACUGGAAGACUUACUAAAUUCUCACAAGAACGCAGUUGCUUAUACAGAUUUAGGCGACGUACACCAUGAGCGAUUGCUACAGGUUUGUAAUUUGGAUCUUACAAAACUCAGAGAAAAGAGGUUUAUUUCCACUUCGUCGGGAUAUGCUGAUUUUGUUUAUGAUGGAGAUGAAUUCCCUGAUGAGUUAUUAACUCCGAGAUGUGACACGUACACUAACUCAGACAAGGCAUACAUAAAUAGAUCUUUGGAUAUAUUAGAGCCUUUUGAGACGGGUUCUACUGCAGAUACGAGUUAUUUCAGCAAGUCAUUCUCCUAUCUCGAACAAAACCCAAAAUCGGAGAAAGGAAAACAAUCAUCUGAUGAAUACAAUUCUGUAAAAUAUCUGCCAAAGACCGCAACACCAGGUGUUUCUCACUUGGACUUUUUGUAUUCUUCAAUUCGCUUGUGCAAUGCGAUCGAUUCUUGGAGUAACGAUAUAAAAAACACACUUUUGAAAAAUACUGAUUGA